GAAAUUUAGCGCGAACACGAACGGACGCGGGUAGUGUCGAAUUUGUUUCUGAAAUCAGAAAUUCCGAUAAAUCAGUGAUAAAAAUUGAUAAAUUUGAAAACAUAACAAAAUUGAAAAAUAUAUGCGUACAUCAAUUAGAUUUUCAAUUUCAAGAGGUUGAUCUGCGCGUUUUCUUCUGUGCGUGCGAGUGAGACGGGAACACAGAGAAUGCAAGUGCCUGAUGAAGAUGAUAGAAAAAUAACGGUGCAUCAAGUAUUGAAAUAAGAUUCCAGUGCAAGCAUUUUCUAAAUCCGUUUUGAAAAAUAUUCGGAUAUGUUGUCUCAAAAUCAAUCGAAAUUCGUCAAGUGAAGUGCAAAAACAGAAACGAAACAAAACCGGUUCGCCUCCGCAAAGAGCAAAGCCAAUAGCCAAUAGCAAAACCAAAAUCAGGCAGCGCAAGAAUUUUUGUUGUUUGGCCAAAGUAGCGCUGCCGGCGUCGUCGCCGUCGCUGCCGUUUGGUGCGUCCGUGUGUUUGUGCGUGCGCGUUUGUGUGUGCGAGCAUCUUAGUGAAAAGAGGCAAAGUCAACGGGCAAAGGAAAAGGUACGCAGUGAUAGAGAGAAAGAGAGGCAAAAAACGUGGUAGGAAUUUCUUGUUUUUUAGACAGGCAAAAGGCAAAAGCCAAAAACAAAAGCAGAAACCUGUUCCCUGCAAGAAAACAACGACGACGGGGCUCUGCUGCCACAUAAAGUGGCACAAGUGAAAAUUCCUGCCUUCUUGUUGUUUUCUUUUAUUAUGAUUUUUUUCGGUUUUUUUGACAAUUGCCAAAAGUGAAAAUCAAUUGGCCAAGGCGCGCGCGCACAGAGAGCAAAGGAAAGAGCGAACGAGUCCUGUUUUUUACCCAACCCAAAAAUCGGAGAACGAAAACCUGACGAAAUAAAAUACCGCUAACAACAAAAACAAAUGUAAAUCCUUAGGAGAUUGCAACAAAAGUAAACAAAUUUCAACCGGAUUCAGGGGAAAUUCUGGAAAAGCAAAAAAAAAAUAAAAGAGAGAGCGGCAAGAGGUGGAGAGACAGAGAGAGAGGUAAUUAAAUGGCAAUUUCUCAUCAAUGUCAUGGCAUAUUUCACGAAAGAUCCAUGAUGCGUCCCAGUCAACGGAAGAGUACUAAAACCUUCAACGAAAUGUCCAAACGAAACGCGUUCCACCAGAAAAAGGCACCAACCUACCGACCAAUCAAAUAAGCAUUCAACUUAAACGAAGAGCAAGAGAGAAUACCAUUAGGGAAUCGUCGAAUCGAUAAAUCGUAAGCCGCAAGAGGAAGGAAGGAUAGAAAGAAAGGAAAGGAAAGUGUUUACACACAGGAGAAGAAGCCCCUGCCUGCACACAGGGGAACAUUGAUUGAGAUAGAGAGAGAGAGAGAGUUGGAGAGAAAAGCCGUCAAAAUUACGACGUAUCACCCACCAACACCGAAAGUCAAACAGAACCCGGCCAACAUGGACGCCACGUCCGGGCCGGGUGCGUUUGACGAUGAACCGCCGCCAGAGCCACGAGACGGAUGGCUGCUGGUGCGCAUCCAUGUGCCGGAGCUGAACGUCUACAAGUGUCUGCAGUUCCCAUCGGAGCGUCUCGUCUGGGAUGUCAAGCAGCAGGUGCUCGCCUCGUUGCCAAAGGAACUAAAGGAGAGCUUCAACUACGGCCUCUUUGCACCGCCCUCGAAUGGGAAGGCGGGAAAGUUUCUGGAUGAAGAGCGUCGGCUGGGUGACUAUCCAUUCAACGGGCCCGUCGGCUACUUGGAGCUCAAGUACAAGCGACGCGUAUACAAAAUGCUGACCCUGGACGAGCGCCAGCUGAAGGCGCUGCACACGCGUGCCAAUCUGCGUCGCUUCCUCGAGUGCAUCAACGGCGGGCAUGUGGAGAAGAUUGCCAAGAUGUGUGCCAAGGGACUGGACCCGAACUUCCACUGCUCGGAGAGCGGCGAGACACCGUUGAGCGUGGCCACCGGUGCCAAGAAACCCAACAAAGUGCUCAUUGCUCUGGUCAAUGGCGGAGCUCUGUUGGAUUACCGCACGAAGGACGGCACCACGGCCCUGCACCGGGCUGUAGAGCACGACUCCCUGGAGGCGGUCAGUACCCUUCUCGAGCUUGGUGCGUCGCCCAACUAUCGCGAUGGGCGUGGCAUCACUCCCCUGUACAUCUCGAUCACCAGAAAGUGCGAAUCGAAGAUCACGGAGAGCCUGCUCCAUGACCAUGCGACGCUGGGCAUCCAGGAUAGCCAGGGCUGGAACGAGGUCCAUCAGGCCUGCCGGCACGGGCUGGUUCAGCACUUGGAACACCUCCUGUUCUACGGUGCUGACAUGGAUGGCCGCAAUGCGUCCGGCAAUAGCCCGCUGCAUGUGUGCGCCGUCAACAACCAAGAGGCUUGUGCCCGAAUGCUUCUCUUUCGGGGCGCCCAGCGCGGUGCCCAGAACUUUGCCAACCAAACUCCCUAUCAGGUGGCUGUCAUAGCUGGCAACUUGGAGCUGGCCGAAGUCAUUGAGAACUACAAAUCGGAGGAUAUUGUACCCUUCCGCGGACCGCCGCGCUACAAUCCAAAGCGGCGCUCGGGCAUCGGUUGGCUGAGCGCCAAUGGAGCCGCCGGUGCAGCUCUGCUGGCUGCGGCUGGCGGUGGUCUUGGUGGUGCAAUGAUCAAUGGCAAUGGCAUCGGAAGUGGCAGUGGCAGUGGCAGUGGCAGUGGCACCGCCAACGGCAGUGUUGGCGGUGGGGGUCUGAUGAUGAUGAUGAUGCAUCAGAACCACCAGCAGCAACAGCAUCAGCAUCAGCAGCUUCAACACCAACAGCACCACCCCAGCAAUCCACAUCAUCUGCACCACCAGCACCAACACCAGCACCAGCUUCAGCUGCAUCAGUUGCAGCUGCACGGUCCGCCCUCGCCAUGCCCCUCGGAGCAUAUGCUGGGCGCCUACAGCUCGGCCAGCUCCAGCCUCUCCGAGGGCUCCUCGGGACACCGUUCACACGAGGACGACAUCAGCAUUGUGACAGACAAAUCCCUGGGCGACACGAGCGACAUCAUCAGCGACUCGUCGGGUGUGGGCACCAACUCGGACUCGGCCGCCUGCUCGAUUGGACACCCCAGCACCACUGUAGUGUGCAUGGAGCCGUAUGUCGGCAACACAGUGGGCCACAUCCGACUGCAGCCCGGCGACGUCAUCGAGGUGGUGGGCAGCACCGACUGCGGCCUCCUCGAGGGCUAUGUCAGGGGCACCAAUCAGUCGGGCUUCUUCCCCGCCGACUGCGUCCAGGAGGUCAAUCUGCGGCAGAAGCACAUUACCAAUGUGAUGACCGCCAGCACGGGCAUGCCCGCUCCCCAGCAGGCUCCGCUUCAGCCCCAACAGCAGCAGCAGCCAUCCUCCUCCGCCUCGUACCAGGGAUCGCCGCAGCUCAGCCUCGGCGGCCACUCGGGCAGCUCGAGCACCCUGCUGCAGCAGCCCCACCACUCGCCCUCGCUCUCGAUGACCAGCAACGGCUCCUGCCAGCAGCCCCAGUCACAGUCCCAGCAGCAGCAGUCCGCAGAGAGCAACGGCGGAGCUGGAGCACCUAGCAACAACAACAACAACUCCAUUGGACAGUACAGCAGCGCCACGGCGCCGCGUAUCAAGAAGAGCGCCUAUAAUGCCCCACGAUCGGUGGUGCUGCACCGUGCCAAGCGCGGCUUCGGCUUCAUUUUGCGUGGGGCCAAGGCCAGCUCCCAGCUGAUGCAGCUGCGACCCUCGGAGCGUUUUCCGGCUCUGCAGUAUUUGGACGACGUGGAUCCGGGCGGUGUGGCGGACAUGGCCGGACUGAGGCCGGGCGACUUCCUGCUGACCAUCAACGGGGAGGACGUGAGUGCCGCCUCGCACGAGCAGGUGGUGGAGAUGAUCCGCUCGGCGGGUGCCCUGGUCAAUAUGACGGUGAUAUCGCCGCAGUUCCCCCACCAGAUGCAGGCCACUGUCCAGUAUCUGCCCAGCGGGGCCAGGGCAGGCAGCCAGCACUUGUCGAGUGGUCCGAGCACACCGCAGACAUCGCACCGCCAGUGCGCCACGCUGCCACGCAAGAUGUCAAUGGGACCGGGCAGCCAUGGAGGCUCCUCAGCCGGAGGCAGUGUGCGGAUGGCACCCAUGCCGCCGCGAAGGGACCCCAAGACGACGCUGAGCGUGGGUCGUGCCAGGGCCAAGUCCAUGGUGGCUGGCCUCGAGAACGGCGGCGAGAAGGAGGACGAUGUGCCGCACACCAAGUCCAAUUCGGUGGAAUCCAUUGCUACGUCCAUUGCGCCGUCGGCGUCCACAAGCAACGGCAAUGGCAACGGCAAUGGAAAUGGCAACAACAAUCAGACGGGACCCGGCACCCCCGUCCAGCUGCGCACGGCCAGCAUCAAGGCUCGUCCCACCUCCAGUCGGAUUACGGCCGCCGAGCUGGAGGAGCUGUUCCAGCGGCAGCAGGGCGAUGGCAGCGCCGCUAAUGCCAGCCGCUAUGCGACUAUGAUGACCAGCUCCCGGUUCCAGUCCGGCACAGACAGUGGCGCGGCCACGCCGCCCGCCACAAACGGAUCACCCAUGCGGAGCGGACCCCUGGUCUACGGCAGUGUGGCGGAAAUGAAGCGCAAGACGGCCAGGAGCAAGCAGGGCGGGAUCAUCGGCAGUGGCAGUGGCAGCGGCAACGGCACGUUGCGUGGCAAGCCAGUGGCCACGCCCACAGUGGGUGGAGCUGGUUUAGUGGGCGGCCCUGGGGGACGCGACUUGAAGCGAUUCCACUCGACGCCCGAUCUGCACGGUGCCCAGCUGCACGGCUCAGUGUCGUCCAUCUGGCAGGCGGCCGGCAAGGGUCAUCACUCGCAGGACGAUGUGGCCACGCUGCACGCCUCGCUGCAGCGUCUUAACACCAUGGAGGGCAAGGGCGGAGCCGGACAAGUACUUCCCCCACCCAAUCAUCCCCCACCGCCACCGCCUGUCGGCCAGGUGGUCAAGGUGGAGACCCGAAGCAGCGUCUCUGAGUACGAGAGCACCGUCUCCCUGCAGCAGAAGCUGAAGAAGCGGUCCGAGAACGAUGCCGUGACCAGUGCGGCCAUCGAUGGCGUCCAGAGCAGCUUCAAUCCCUCGGCCAACGCCAAGAUCUAUGCCUCGCCCCAGGAGUUGCGCAACGUGAUGGCCUGGAAGCUGCGCCAAGCGCAAGAGAAGCCACCCCAGGAGACCUCCGCGAGCUCACAACAGCAGCAGCAGCAGCAACAGCAACAGCAGCCACAGGCACAGCACCAGGUCAGCUCCCAGUAUGCAGCUCCCACACAGAUGCGUCCUCAGCAGCAGCAACAACAACAGCAGCCACAGCAGCCCACUGGAGGGCCCGCCUCCCACUAUGCGGCGCCUCAGGUGCAAAUGCAGCAACAGCAACAACAGCCUUCACCCCAGUCCCCGCCUGCACCACCGCCACCACAGUCACAAUUUCAGACAGCGCCUGUUGCAGUUCAGCAAGCAGCACAGAAUGGAAAUGGAAGUGCUAGUGGAGGUGGUAUGGGUGUUGGAGGUGGAGCACCACCCAUACCAGAGCCGGACUAUAGCUGCAGCGAGUCGGAUGGGGAGGACGAGAACUCCAUUUUGGUGGCGCGCAACACGAAGCUCAACGAGAAGAUAGCCCUGUUCGAUGUGCCAGAGACCAGCGGCAACAGUCAGGCCAGUGGCAGCAGCUCAAACUCUGGCAGCGCGUCCAUUUCGCACUCGUUGUCGGUGGAGGAGAUACAACGCAUACGCAGCAAUCUCAAGACCUCCAAGUCCUCGCCCAACGGCUUCGCAAAGAAGUCAGAGGAGGAGCAACAACAGCAGCAGCAGCAGGUGCAACAGCAGCCGCAACCACACACAGUAGCAGGUCCAGGCGAAGAUGAGUGCGACACUAGCAGCUCGGUAGUAGGCAGCGAUCAAGAAGGUUUGAUGCCCAUAGCAGGAGCAGUAACUGCUGUAGCGAAGCCCACAGACACCAUCAAGAAGAAGCCGACAGUAACCAUUGUGGAGGAGCCGAAGACUAUACCCGAUCAGCCCAUGACCAGCAGCAAGCCCAUGGCCAAGACCACAAUCAGCAUAGGCGGAGCAAGUGCAGGAGCAGCCACCACCACGCUGACUGUCAAGCAGUUGGUGCAACAGCAGCACGCUCCCGCUAUACAACAGCAGCAACAAAAGCAACAGCAACAGCAGCAGCAGCAGCAGCAGCAGCAGCUCGGCAGCAAGCCGACAGCCACAGUGGCCACAAUGGCCAGCAACAUCAACAUGAAAUCUCUUGGCGCCAACAAUGCCACAUCAGUGAUGAGUCCACAGGUUCUGGGACGCAUACCCAACGUGCAUCACCAUCAGCAGCAGCAGAUGCAGCAGCAGCAGCAACUGCAACAGCAGGCGAAUCCCAACCAGAAAUUGAUUGCCACGCAGCAGCAGAUUCUGCAGCAACAGCAGCAGCAGCUGGCCCACCAGCAACAUCUCCAGCAGAUCCUCAAGGCGAAGGCAGCAGCCGCCGGGGGAGCUAGCAACACGGCAGCCUUGGUGGCCAAGCAUCAGCAGCAGUUGCACAAGGGAAACAGCGGCCACGAAUCGGAGAUGGAGCAGCGUUCCGACCUAGAGGACGACGACGGAGAAUUGAGUCCCUCGCCGCCUGCUAAGGCAUUCCAGCGGCACAACUCGCUCACACGCAAGCAGGCAGCGGCCAUUGCCAUGCAGCGGGGCGUGACUCGCACCUCGGCCGUCUCGCUGAUGCAGUUGCCGCCGCCCUUGGAGGCCGACAGCGAUGGUGAGGCUUCACAGCACACACUGCAACGUCAGCAUCCACAUCCUCUUCCGCACCAGCACCAGCUCCAGCAGCAGCAACUGCAGCAGCAACAACAGCAGAUCCAACAACAGCAGCAGAUGGCCACGCAUAUUGUGGGCGUAUUGCCCAGCGGACAGUUGGUAGCUGUUGCCUCUGGUGCUGUUGCUGGUGUGCCGGGCGGAGCGGCUGUGGCGCAGCCUGGCAACAACAAUAUGCAGCUAUGCACCGAGAAUUUGGUCCUGGCGCCACCGCCGCAGUUCUGCGAUUGUAACGAUGCCAAGCACGCGCCGCAGUCGCAGCCCCAUCUGCCAGGCAGCCAAUACCAUCCUCAGCAGCAUCAAAAUCAGCAGCAGCAGCAACUCCAGCAGCAUCAACUCCAGCAACAGCAAUUGCAGCAGCAACAACUGCAGCAGCUUCAACAGCAGCAGCAGCAGCAACAACAACAACAACAACAGCAGCAGCAACAACAGAUGCUGCACCACCACCAGCGUCUGUCUGGUGGUGCUGGAGCUGGAGCGGUGGGCACCUUGGGACGUGUGCGCAUCGUUGGCUCCAUGCCCAAGGCCAAUCACCAUCGGCUGCACUAGGCUGAGCUGUGAGAGCUGCAAGAGCUGCAUGAGCUGCGGGAAUCAAAUCAAACAUUUGCCAAAUCGUUAAGUCGUUAAUUAGAGUUAGUCAACAGUCAUUGCCAUUCACAACGAAUAGCAGCGGCUGCCUGCAACCGAGGAAAGACGCCACAAGUAGAGCAUUAAGCAAACACACAUAAGGGGCAUAGCGGCAUAGCAGGAAUAGCAAUGAAUCCGUUUCAGAUACAAAACAAAUCGUUGCUACUUCUGUAUAUUUCAAGCAAAUACACAACUUUCAAGUUCAAAGCGCUAAACCCACAAGAAAGUAAUUAUAAAUUCAGAUAUUGUAGAACUAGAGGCAGAGAUAAUGUUCAUGUGUCUCCAAUUUGCCCAAGGAAAGGAAGGAAACUAAACGAAACACAAUCUUAAAUUACAUUUAUUAUAUUUAUUGCGUGUGAUAUACAUUUAUGUAGGCUGACCGAGACCAGCAACUAAACAACAAUAUUUCUAAUCUAAUGACAGAGCAAGUGCAGGAUGCAAUGUGUGUAUGCAAUAUUUUACUAUGUUAGUCACAAAAUGCAAUCGCACUCCUUUUCCAACCAUUGAAAACAAACUGAAUCGAACUCGAAUGUAUUUCGUUUCUUUAGUUGGCUUUCGAUCUGCACAAUUUCAAUGAAAUGUCCCCAUAGAAAUAACUAUAAACACACAUGCAUACUUACUGACAUAAAAAUAACCGAUUUAGUUCGUAAUGUAGGGGGCCGCCAGGGCAAGUUCAUUUCUUCAGUAUCCAUCCAUUGAUCAUUCGUGUUCGUGUUCGUGUUCGUGUUCGCGUUCGACUAAUGCACAAAACAUUUAAGCGACAUUAACAUUAUUAAUCCAAUACAUAACUAGCGUAGGUUUUAUAUACAUAUGCCUAAAGGAAAGUAAAGGAGAAUACAAUACGAUAGAAGUUGCACCGAGUAACAAUAAUAUUUGAAUUUGAGCAUUUAGCCGAAUAUCCAGUCAAGUCAAGUCAACUAAACUAAAUACUAAACAUAUACUAAAACUUAUAAUGUUUUUAAACAUGAAUAUGCGAGUAUAUAACACGAUAUUCCAUACGCGGCAAAUUUCAUAAUCCAAAACGAAAACAAAAACUAAAAGCAUAUUGGAAACGGAAUCGGAAACGAAUACAAAACGUAAAUUUUUGCUAGUAAAAUUUACAGAUUUUUACUUUUAAACGAUUUUUUGUACACUUGUUUUUUAUAGAAAACCCCCUUAAACUUGCCGAAGUAUUACGAAAAAGAUAACACGACGGAUUUAAGUAACGUGUUGUAUUGAAAGAGGUUCUCAAGUGUUUGCCAGCGCUUAACGCAAAUAUUGUCAUAGGCAACCCAAUCUUAUAGAAUGCGUUUUCACGAGUAACAUUUAUUAUAACUAAGGCUGAUUUUAUUGCAUAAUUCAUACAAAAACACAACCACAGAUAAAGAUACAGAUACAGAUACAGAUACACAUAUAGGCACUGAGGCAGCAACAGAAGCAUAAUUCACACAAACAUAAAUAAUGCAAUUAAAGAAUAUCGAAGUACGCCCCUCACCAAACAAGAGAUUGAUGCAUUUACACUGUUUAAACGAGCCUGCAGGCUCUUUGAGAUAUUGCAAGCAUUGAAUGGUACUACGAGUAUAGUGAAAUCUUUCCAAUUGGCAGGCCGCACCAUUUCCCUAGCAUUUAAGUGUUGAAAAGUUAGUACACAUAAAGCUAAACCAUAAACAUAAUAUAACUUACAUAUGUACAAGUAAUUAUUGGCAGACCUAGCAUCUAACUAGAUUUGAUCACACUUUUUAGUUCUCGCAAUAGUUGCUAAUUAUUUGUAAAUUGUUUUAGUUCCAAAACACACACAUACGAGCACACACCCUUACAUAUACGGAAAUAUGGUAAGCCGUCAAGCUUGUUAGCUUUUAAGUUAAACUACCUGGGGGAUAUCCCAGUGGUUUGCUCAGUUAUAUAAGUCCUACAGACGUCUAGACACGCAUCCAUAUGUAUACCUAUAAUUAUGCCCAUUACAUGUAAACCAAUCUACGUUUAGCUGUUUAGCGUUCAAUGUGAAUGCCGGAAGCUGCACGAGCAUAACGGAUUAUUGAAUAUGCAUACACCACAUUGAUAAUGUUUAACGAUUAAAGCACACUACCCUACAUACACACACAAACACACACACACACACACACACACACACUUUAAAAGCAUGUAUUUAAAAUUAUGUCAAAUAUCUAUAAUAAGUCGUCAAAUAUGCAAUUAUGUAUUAUGAACAUGCGUAUGAAGAAUCAAUAAAUAUGAAUGAAAACUAAA